AUGACUGAGAGCAUGGAAGAUUCAUCAUCAAGUUGUGAUGAAACAUUAGUCGACGAAGAAGAUUUAAAUAAAUUUACAACAACAUUAGAUCAAUUUACACCUGCUAUACCAGAAACAGUAACAAAAUUUUACAUGAGACAAUGUGGAUUACAAGCCGAUGAUGAACGUGUUGUGAAAUUAAUGUCAGUGUCGGUUCAAAAAUUUAUGACAGAUAUUAUAAAUGAUUCUUUUCAAUUACAUAAAAUACGAGAAAAAUCUACUAAUCGACCAGCACCAGUUGCAGCGGCGGCUGCUGCCCCUGCCCAAUCAACAACAGAAGCAACAACGACGACAGAUUCAGCCAGCAAUGUUGCAAGUGGGAAAAAACCGAUCGGAUCAACGAAUCAAACAUUAACGCUGAGUGAUUUAACACAUGUUCUAGAUGAAUAUGGAAUUAAUGUUAAAAAAACAUUUUAUUAUACAUAA